AUGAUAAAUUAAUAACAUAUAAAAUUCGAUGAUGAAAGAGAACACAAAUUAUAUGAAAUAUGGCCAGGGAAAAAUAGAUUUUAUCUAGGUGGUAGAAUUAUGAUUGGACCUAGUACAGAUUUUGGACCUAAUUUUUUUACUUGGGGUGGUUUAAUACUUCUACCUAUAUUCUUUACUAUUUCAAAUGGUUAAUAAAUUUGGGAAGCUAAUAAACUAUUAUUUAUUUGUACUUUACUAUUAGCAUUCUUAACCUUAUUCUUUCUCUUUCUAACUUAAUUUACAGAUCCUGGAAUCAUUCCAAGAAAGAAUAUUUUUGAAAUUAUGAAUAUAUAAUGGGAAACUGAAAGUGCUUGGCCUAUGUGUGAAACUUGUUAAAUCAAAAAACCUCCAGGUUCAUCUCAUUGUAAAUAAUGUGAUAAUUGUAUUUUAAUGUUUGAUCAUCAUUGUCCAUUUGUUAAUAAUUGUAUAGGAAAACGAAAUUAUAAGUAAUAAUCAUAUAUUUUAUAUUAGAUAUUUUGCAUUAUUUUUGGCAAGUCUCCUUAUGUAAGGUCUUUCAAUUUUAAUUAGUUUAAAUAAAAUCAAUCCAGAAGAAAGUAAUGGAUUAACAGAUUUUUUAUUAAUUAUUGUUUGCUUUAUAAGUGCAGUAAUAGGAGUCUUUUGUUUUUUUCAUUUAAUUGUAAUUUUGAGUGGAUCAACAACUAGAUAAAUUAUAAAACAUCUUGAACCAACAAAUAGUUUUGAUUGGAUUGGUAGAUCUUAAUAAUUGUUUAAUCCAACCAUGAUUAUUGCCACAUAACAAUAAGAAUUUGAUUUUUGA